AAUCGGAUACCGUACGGUGUAAAGUUCUCUUAUAAUUCACACCAAACCGGGUUUUGGCGCGAAAGAUAGAUUCCCUGUUUGGUCUCCCGGGUCUUCUAGCAACCUAUCACUCAUCACUGCGAUUCUGCGAGGGUUUCAUCUCUGCAACAAAACAAUGUCAGAAGAGAUUCUUGAAAUCCAAACUCUAAUUUCUUCCAAUCAAAACUCCAACAAAUCUUCUGGCUAUUCCACACUUCUCCAAUUCCAACAACAUUCUUGCAUUAACCCUUCUUCGCUUCAAUCACUCGCACAAUCCUCAAAUUCCAUAGUUUCCUAUACCCUUUCCGAUAUCUCACAUCACGAUGAAGAAAUAGCUGCACAAGCCUUGAAAUGUUUAGGGUUCAUGAUUUACCAUCCUUCCGUUGUUUCCACGCUUCGAGUGGAUGAUGUCAAUUUGGUAUUGGAUUCAUUGUCCAAACUUAUUACAACCACAAAAUUGAAGACUGUUUGUAAUUUAGGGGUGUGGUGCUUAUCUGUUCAACAGUUAGGUGUAUCGUUUCUUGUGAAUCAUUUUCAUUCUUUGUUACGCCCGAUUGUUCAUGCCCUAGACAAUCCAAUGGGGUCUUUGUCAACAACAUUUGAAGCUACCCAGGCUAUAAUGAAGUUAUCUGGUCAAUUAAGUGAGCAAAUGAGAGACUCAUCACAUAUAUGGGCUCCUCCAAUAUACAGGAGACUUCUCAGCACAGACAAGAGAGAGAAAGAUUCCUCAGAAAGGUGCCUGUUGAAGAUCGGCUCCAUAGUUAUUCCACCUUCACUGGAACUCUCCAAGGUUCUUGUCAAAGAUAUGAAGAUAAAAUUGCUUAAUGGGAUGAAGGAUUUGCUAGAUAAUGGUAUGAAGAUUCAAGCUAUUCAAGCAUGGGGAUGGUUUAUUCGAAUGCUUGGGUCCCAUGCUUUGAAGAAUAAGCAUUUAGUUAAUGAUAUGUUGAAAAUACCCGAGCGUACAUUUACAGAUCCUGACCCUCAAAUUCAGAUUGCCACACAGGUUGCCUGGGAAGGUCUUAUUGAUGCCCUUGUUUACCAUCCACUAGUUUCAGAGAAAAAGACACCAUCUAAGGAUCAAGUAAUUGGAGUUUCAGAGAAAAAGACACCAUCUAAGGAUCAAGUAAUUGGAGUUUCAGAGAAAAAGACACCAGCGAAGAGCAAUUCUGAGGAUAAAGUAAACGGGGUUUACAAAAGCAUAAAGCUUAUAAUGACUCCACUGAUUGGCAUCAUGUCUAGUAAAUGUGAUAUAUCAGUUCAUUCAUCCUGCUUGAACACAUGGUGUUAUUUGCUACAUAAGCUUGAUACCUCUGUCAAUGAAUCAUCAUUGAUAAAAAUGGUUUUAGAGCCUAUUCUUAAAGCAAUAUUUCAGAAUGGACCCGAUAGCAAGACCAUCUGGUUAUGGAACCUGGGCCUUGAUCUGCUCAGUGACAGUAUUUCACAGAAGUGUACGGAUGUAAGUUGCAUUGAAACCGGACGUUCUUCAUCUGGCAAAAGCUGUUGGAAGCAACAUCCAAUUAGAUGGCUGCCAUGGGAUAUCAGUCGAUUGGAUUUUUAUCUGAGUAUCAUUUUUGUUAUCAUCCGUCAAGCAUCAGGGGCAACAGUCACUUGUGAUCACAGAAGUCAUGUUUAUGAUGUUGCCCUAAAGUUGUUUACAUAUAUUCUGAAAGGAGUCAAACUGGACAUGGAAAGUCCAUCUACCAAUUAUGAUGGUGUUAUAUGGUGCUUGAACACAUUACUGACAUUUGUGAAAAAAGUCUGUGAAGAUGUAUACUUAGAUGGCAGUGAAAAUUAUGAUGUGUAUUAUACUUCCCUUCGGUUUAUAGAUGCUAUCACAAAGGAGUUAGGUUCUUCUAUCUUGGUAUCUCCUCUGUACAAGUUUUCUUUAGACCUAAAGUACAUUAAUGACAUGCAAUCAGUUGAUCAUAACAAACACCUAAAAUUUCUGACUGUCAAUUGUAUUUCUUAUAUGGACAAGGUCUCUCCAUUGGUUUAUUUGACAGCGCUUUACUUCCAUAUGAUGGUUCGGUUAACAUUAAAGUCCCAGCAAUCAGACCACAUUUCACAAGGGAUGUCUGAAUAUUUUAAAUUUAUUUUUUCUUCAAGUGAUCACAUGGACAACCUCCUCACUUGUAUUGGCCUCUUGUACAAACAUGUUGAACCAAUGUACAUAAAUAUAUGGAUAGCAGUGGCUAAGGGUCUGAAUUCCUGUGUAUAUGAUGCAAACUGCAAGUCCCUAAAGGAAUCUUUGUCUGACAGCAUUGGAUAUUCCUCCAUAUCCAGCUUUUUAAUAUACCCCAUCGUGGCGCAUUCUGAAAUUCCAAGAUUAACCUCGUCAAAUGCUAGUGACUCUAUGGAGAAGCAUCCUUUAUCACCAGAAAGAAAACCGAGGCUUGAACUUGUUAUUCAAACAUGGAAAUCACUUUAUGGAUCUCUUAGUGCAUGCUUUGGAUGUUCAACAUCCACCAAUUUCUCAGGGGAUCUGUGCAAAUUGAUAAAUCGGUGGCUUGAUGAAAAUUUUGGCAUUUUAGAGAGUGGCACUGAUCUAAAGUUAACGUGCAAUGAUAUAGAUCUUGGUGUCCUUCAUCUAUCUGGAAAUUUCUUGAUAUGCAUUCUUCAACAGAUUCAGACUUCAGAAUUAGUUUCAGAAACCAACAGGAGUAAAUCUGAAUGCAAUAACAAAAUACUCUACAGUUUAAAGAACUGCCUAACCUUUGCUUCCAAGUAUAUGAAUUUGUUGAGGAUAAAGAUGGUGACAGACCCACUGCCUGGUUUUGUUGGGACAUCAAGGUUAUCUUCUGCAUUGGCAUGCUUUAUUAAUUGCCUUCACUGGAAGCAAGAUAUUCUUCUUUUUCUCGAGAUUGUUUCCUGUCCACUACUUCAGUGGCUAUCAAAUACGGGAAUGCAGGAUGAAAAAACAAAGGACAACGUAAAACUUCUGUGGACCGAAAUUCUUAGCUCCUUAAGAAGAAGUCAACCUCCAUUACACUUUGGUUCAGCUUUACUUGAACUUCAUGAAGCUCUGUUUGAAAAAACUCUUGAUCACCCAUACCCCUCCAUUUCAGAGACAACCAUAGAAUUUUGGAAUUCUACAUUUGCUCAACAAAUUAUUUUUGAUUUUCCCCCACGUCUGCUUCAUGUCUUGGACAAGCUAUCCAGGCAUGGAAAAUUAAAACUUCAGAAUAGAAGCGUGUCAUCGUUUCAAAAAUGUCAUACUCGUGAAGAAGUCAGUGACUCCCUGCAGGGAUACAGAGUCAAUGCAAAACAUAACAGGACUUCUAAGAGGGUGGAAUUAGUGUUGGACACACAAAAAGAUGCGCAUCCUUUAAGUUUUAAAAAGAAGAGGUUGGAACUCACUGAGCAUCAAAAGGAAGUGAGGCGAGCUCAACAAGGAAGGGAAAGGGAUACCGGAGGACAUGGCCCAGGAAUUCGAACUUACACCAAUGCUGACUUUUCACAAGGGCUUGAUGAUUCGCAAGAAAGCUUAGAUGCCAUUAGAGAUUCUGAAGCCAUAUUAGAGAUGUUGAGAAAAACUAUCUAAUUGACUUUAACUGCUGCACUGUCCACUGAGACAACUUCUGGAGGGGGCUUCUGAAUGCCUAAAUUAUUACUGAGAGAAUUCUAAUUUUACUUGUAUUUGUAAAAAUAAACAACUGCAAACUUUUUAUUUAACUUAAAUUAUAGUUAAUCCAGUCGGCGGGGUGGAGGGAAGAACCAUGAUCCCGAACUUUGUACUCUUUCAGUCUUUAUAAUGUUUUUGGCUAUUGUAUUGCAUUGUA